UUGGAUUGAGAAUGUGGAGACACUGUGGAUGUCUGUACCAGCUCUGUGUGAGUCCCGAGUCAGCGACAAAGAUGGGUAUUUCAAACCCAAAAAAGCGCAAGAGAGAGGAGAGGAGUCGUGGAAGCGCCAAAAAGAUCAGAGAUGAGCGCGUGACCUGCCAACCGGCAGCGGAGGAGCCGGUUCCUAUACAAGACCAAUGGAACACCCUCAGAAACAUCGACAGAGAACUGAACAUCUUUGAGGACUACGGGGAAGAGAGCUACCUGUUCUAUAAAGCCCUAGAAGAGAAAUUCCUAACAUCGGGUAUUCUCACAAAGCAGACCACCAUUGAGGAAAGUCAUUGGCGGGAAGUCACCACCAUUUUAAUCAAAGUGCACAGACACUUUUCACUGGACUUCUCCACCUUGUGCCUUGCUGUAAAAUACAUGGCAAGGAACAUCUCCGUAAGGCAACUGAGACCUGGCAUCCUGAAAUCCUGA